AGCUGCUUUACUGUGCAGAAACUUGCCAAUAUAGACAGGGUCUCAGGAAUCAAGUUGCAUUACUGAGGCCUUGUCUGCACCUCAAAUGUAGGUCGACCUAGCUACGUCGCUCAGGGCUGUGAAAAAUUUUAAGUCCUCUGUGGUGUGGUAGAGCCAACCUAACCCCCACUGUAGAUUCAGUAGGUCAGAGGACGAAUUCUUCCAUCAACCUAGCUGUUGCUUCUUGGAGAGGUGGAUUGCCUUUGUUGACAGAAAAACCCCUUCUGUUGCUGUAGGAAGCGUCUUUGCUGCAGUGCUUAUGUAGAUGUACGCUGAGUCUCUCUGUCUUGAGAAAAGAACUCUGUCCUUUGGGGAGGAGAUGCCUACUGUGUCUUCUUCCAUUAGUCAGAACCUAAGAAAUGAUCGAAACUUCCUCUCCCCCACUCAGUUCAUAUAGGUCUCUGCCCCUAAUUAUAUCCUGCCUAUAGUACAAUUCAACUACACACAACUGGUCCACUGAUUCUCUUGUUCUGCCACAACACAUGAUUCAGAGUGAAGCGAUGACAGUAAAACUGCUUGGAUUCCUGGAUAGAUGUUCCCAUGUUUUAAUGAAAAUAUGUGAGUGCCAAGGCCUUCAUAAACCUAGGCAUCCAGUGUUAAAACUAAGCAAUGAUGUGGUCAGGGCAUCAUUCAGAACUCUAGCACCAAACAGAGUCUUGAACUUGUGCACUCCUGAAACUGCUACCUAUUGCUUGACAAACCUGUGUGAACGACUCAAGAAUUGGCAAAGGUCAGAAGCAAAGAUUGUGAAUUACCAGAUCGGAGAAGUUUAUCCUCCAUUCAGGGACCAUUUUGAUACUCUAAGGACUGUGAUAUACAAGCAUGGACUAAGUAGUGUUAGAAAGUUUAUGAAAAUGCCAAAAAGAUCUUAUUCAGUUGUAUCAACUAGUAAAAUACUGCCAAAACAAAGUAUUCUGCCAACUAAGAGACCACCGAAGGCACCUAGGACCAAACAGCCAUCCAGAGCUAACCAGCCACUAGUAUCAGAAACUGAGGAUCUGAUGCAGUGUACAGCCUUCGCAACAGCAGAUGAAUAUCAUCUUGGUAAUCUAUGUCAUGACCUGACUUCAUAUGGAUAUGUUGAAAUAACAAGUUUGCCUAGAGAUGCAGCAAAUGUUUUGGUGAUUGGCACAGAAAACGCUGCAAAAGAAUAUGAUCCUGGUAUGAUCUUUUUCUUCAGGGAAGGAUCUGUUGUGUUUUGGAAUGUGGAAGAGAAAACUAUGAAGAAAAUAAUGCAAGUGCUGGAGCGGCAUGAAAUUCAGCCUUAUGAAGUUGCACUGGUUCAUUGGGAGAAUGAAGAAAUUAACUAUAGGAGAGGAGAAGGCCAGUCAAAGCUCCACAGAGGAGAAAUCUUGUUAAAUUCUGACCUGGAUAUUGAUGAAGUAAUUCUGCAGAAAUUUGCCUUUUCAAAUGCUCUUUGCCUUUCUGUAAAACUGGCCCUUUGGGAAUCAUCCUUGGAUAAUUUUGUGGAAUCUAUCCAGUCAAUUCCUGAGAUAUUAAAAUCAAGAAAAAAAGUGAAACUCUCUCAUGCUGAUGUAAUGCAGAAAAUUGGGGAACUCUUUGCCUUACGGCACUGUAUAAAUCUGAGUUCAGACCUGUUGAUAACUCCUGACUUCUACUGGGACAGAGAAAACCUUGAAGAGCUUUAUGACAAAACCUGUCAGUUUCUCAGCAUUAAUCGCAGAGUUAAGGUAAUGAAUGAGAAACUUCAGCACUGCAUGGAGCUGACAGACCUGAUGCGAAAUCACCUGAAUGAAAAACGUGCACUGCGCUUGGAAUGGAUGAUAGUCAUACUCAUCACUAUAGAGGUCAUGUUUGAACUUGCCCGAGUAGUUUUCUGACCAUGGCAGAAGCUAAGAACAUCUGAGAAAAGUAUGACAGGACCAUAUUCACAACAGAAAAAAGUUCCUUGCUCCCACCUCUUUAUUUUCUUGUACACUUCUUGAAAAUGCUGUCUUACUAAAUAAAUGUAUUUAUGUAUAAAUGUACAUCUGUUCAAAUAAACUGUGAACUUAGUGAAUAAAUUGUAAGUUAGGUUCAGCACUA